AUGGAGAAUGGCACGCUGCACGACCUCCUGGGUUCUGAUCAGGGCUCCUCCACGCUGUCGCCAGUGACGGUGUCCUGGAAGAUGCGCAUGGAUGUGCUCCUUGGUGUGUCCCGUGCCAUCGAGCACCUGCACUAUCAUGCCCACCCGCCAAUCAUCCACCGGGACAUCAAGUCGGCUAACAUCCUUUUCGAUGAGAGUUGGGUGCCGCGUGUGGCAGACUUUGGCUUGCCAGUCUCUUGGGACGUGACGAAGGAGAAGGAGGGGAUGGAGUUCGUGGCUGCAGGAACAUUAGGGUACCUUGACCCUGAGUACUACGCUAUAUUCCUUCUGAAACCGGCAAGCGACGUGUACAACCUGGGCGUAAUGAUGCUCGAGGUUCUGACUGGGAAAGAGGCAGUUUUCUAUGGGGAAAAGGGAACUACUCAUUUGCCAUACUUCGCAGUUCCCCUCAUCGAGGCUGGUAAUCUUGGAGAGUUGUUGGACGGGCAACCAUCACCGGAGCCAACACCAUGCGAGCUGCAAGCAAGUUUUUAA